AUGACUGCCCCCACCAUGGUGGCACAGUGUACUGCAGAGUUUGUCGGAACUUUCCUAUUGAUUCUCACCGUUGGUUGCAACGUGCUUGGGGGAAAUGCCGCUUGGGCCGGUGUCUCCAUUGCUUUUGUCCUGAUGGUGAGCAUCUAUGCCUUGGGUGGUAUCUCUGGCGCCAACUUCAACCCGGCGGUGUCUGUGACCCUUGGCAUCUCCAAGAGCAUUGGAGGACCUGGUAUGGACUGGACGACUGUGGGCAUCUUUGCCGGAACUCAGUGUGCUGCUGGAGUUUUGGCUGGUGUGUGCUACUCGCUGCUCUUCGGGCAAAGCUUCAACCUGGCACCAGCCAAGGGCUUUUCCUGGUACCAUGCAGGACUCUGUGAGUUGCUUUAUACGUUCAUGUUGACCUUCGUGGUGAUGAACGUGGCAGUGGCCAAGAAGAACGCAGCUGAAAAGAAUCAGUACUACGGUAUGGCCAUUGCUUUCACCGUGGUUGCAGGUGCCUAUGGUGCGGGAGCUGUGUCGGGUGGUUGCUUCAACCCUGCCGUUGCUUUGGGCAUUGACCUUUCCAGCGCUGGCUUGGGGUUUGGCUGGAGCCUUGUGUACAUUGCUUUUGAGCUGCUUGGUGCUGGCAUGGCAGCAGUCCUCUUCAAAGUGGUUCGUCCAGGAGACUUCGGUGGCGAGAAGUCCCAAAUCACGGAGCUGGUGAGCGAAUUCUUGGGAACUUACAUGUUGGUCCUCACUGUCGGUCUGAAUGUGUUGGGUAAGUCCAAGGCUGCUGCAUUCUCCAUUGCUGCUGGCCUCACCUCUAUGAUCUAUGCCCUUGGCGAUGUCUCUGGUGCCCACUUCAACCCUGCUGUCACAGUGGCCAUCCUGGCCUCUGGCCGCUGCCCUGAGCUCACUCCUGCUAAGGCUGGUAUCUAUGCAAGCGUUCAGAUUGCUGGUGGCAUUGCCGCAGCAUUAACUUGUUCUCUUGUCUACCAGGGAGCUGCUCUUGGGCUGGGACCAGCUGGCAAGAGCACAUGGAUGGGGGCUUCAGUUGCUGAGAUCGUCUUCACCUUUGUGCUGGCCUAUGUGGUGCUCUGUGUUGCUAUCUCACAGACGACCAAGGUCUCUCACAUGUUUGGCUUUGCCAUUGGCUCUUGCGUGACCGUAGGAGGCUUUGCCAUUGGAGGCAUUUCUGGUGGAUCUCUGAACCCAGCUGUAUCGAUUGGUCUUGCAACUCCGUCCUUUACAUUCUCAAUGCUCCUCAAGGCGCUGGCGUACUCGGCCUUUGAGAUCAUCGGAGGUGCUGCCGCAGCAGGCAUUUUCAAGGUCACUCACGAGGACAUGUACGAGGAAGAUGUUCACUUUCAAGUCAUUUACAGGGAAGAAAUUGCAGAUGAUUUGGCCCAGAGUGCAUCAUGUUUUCGGCGGGACUCCAAGCUCAUCACUGCAAUCUCAGUGGCCUUCUUUGCCCUGCUUGGUUGCGCGAUUCGAGUUUCAAUUGAGCUAUGGCUGCAUCACUUAGACUUCGGGGUUACCACAUCACACCCAGGGCCUUUCAUACUAAAGGACUCGCACAAAUGUUACAAGCGAAGUAGUGCUGCAGGGUACUUCUUUCAGAAUGUUCUGGGCUGUAUUCUGAUGGCAGCAGUGGCCAGGCACAAGAAAGCUAUGAACCAGCACUUGGCCACGGGCUUGUCCUCUGGGCUCUGUGGAGCAUUGACAACUUGGGCUACGUGGAUGGGUGAGGUUGCUCAUACCAUCACCAAUGGCUACGCGUUUCAAGCUUUUGUUAGCGUGCUUUGUAUGCUAUGUGUUUCCCUAGCGUCAUAUCGUUUUGGCCACUUCCUAGCAGGUUGUGGCAUGGAGGACGAGCCAAAGUGCUUCGAUGAGUAUUGCGGACUUCGCAUACUGUUUUCCAGACAGGAGAAAAACAUUGAAAUGGUGGAGGAUGGCGAGACCGCAAGUGACUCUGAUGGCGAAAAUGGCACAGAGCAACUUGUCGCAGAGCACGAGUGGGGCCUGGACUUAGAUGAACCUUCGAGUUGGAGGGAGCAAAGCGAGAAGGAGGUGUUCCUGAGUGAUGCUGUUCAUGCUGCGAUCACCGGGCUUGCCUUGGUCUACAUUGUGACGUUUCUUGGAAUAGCUGGAGGUCACAAGUACUACACCGGCUUGCUGGAUAUGUCAAUGGCUCCCUUCGGAGCACUCUUUAGAUGGUGGUCGGAUCCUUGGGCAGCUCAGGUGGUUUCCACACCCUGUCAAUGGCCCAUGGUCCCAUGGUAA